AUGACGUCUAUGCGACGUGAGCUCGGUGACGGGCCCGCCUCCCUGGUGGCUGUUGAUGCCGCGUUGUCCACGGCAGUGAUAACACCCAUAGUGGUCACAUACUGGAGGAUAACUUGGAAGCUGAUGGAUAUAUACCUACUACCCGGGCACCAGGUGUGGAGCACCAUCGCGUCCGUGGGCAUCGGGUUCAUCGGCUUGUUCAUAUUUACGUUAUUCCAGCACCGGUUCAAGGCCUACCUGAAGCCCAGGAAGCACUCAGUAAUUUACUAUGUAAUGUCCAGAAGUUACACGGCUGCGUUCGCAUACUCUUGCGUUAACUCGUGGCGCGGCAUCUGGAACAUUAUGGAUGAGGUGACGGGAACCCGCCCGCCAGUGAUCGCUGCAUCCGUGGUCAUCGGUAUAUGCAGCUUGGCCUCCAUGAAGACCCUGCGCAACAUCAUUGCUCCCCCAAUAGCUAUACUAACCGACAACUACGACGGAUAUUUUGAGGUGCCCACGCUGUUUCGCAUUGGAGUUCGAGAUGGUACUGGAUCAUGGCUGUAUGUAUUGGAUAGCUUUUUCAGCGUUUGUAUUAUUGGCUCAUUGGUAGUCAUCGUUUGGCGAGGUGUUUGGGGUCUAAUGGAUGAUUAUUUAUACCCGGAUGAUUAUCACACAUCCGCAAUUCUAUCAUUGGUUAUAGGGUACAGUGUAGUACUACUUGCUUUUGCAUUACAACCGGCUAUAAAAAAAUUGGUUAACAAAGUUAACGGUUUCAAACGAAUACUGUUUGUGGAUGUAUACUUACUAUUCUCAUUUUUUGGUGCUGUAAACGUGUGGAGAGGAGUAUGGGCUAUGCUGGAUAUUCACUUUAUACCAGAUGCUCCUAUUACCAGUUAUUGGGUAUCUCAUAUUGCAUGUUUUGCCUUCCUAGUCUUAUUAAACUCCUCCAACUCCAUAUUAGUCCGUGGUGUUUACAUAGACGCUGAAGAAGACGGUACACAAUGUGUUGAUUUUCCGUGUUAUUAUGUGCGGCUCUUAGUUCAGAAGAGAAAAAGAAAAAGACAAAUACGUGAGGACGAAGAAGGUAAAGAAAUGACGCAAAUUAAAAUUGGAAACGAAGAGAAAACAGAGGUCAUAAACGAGAAAAUGUUACUUACAAGAGAAAAUGUUGACAAAAUCGUGUUAAAUGAAGUAGAAGAAACAUUAAACAACAGUAGUAGAGUCGUUUGA